UAAACCCCCAGUAACAAUCGACUUUAAUACAUGUAUAUCGCAGUCCGAGAAAACAAUGAUAUCUCAGAAAUAUAAAAUGAAGAUUCUUCUAUUUGUGUUAAGUGUUGCAUGCAUUUUAACCAUAGUCCGGAACUAUCCCAAGAAUUCAGAAAAACAUAUAUUCCUUCACAAUCCAGAACGAAGAGACAUCAACGAUAUAAAGGUUGCUUGUUUUAUUUUAGCAACGCCGAAUGCGAAAGCAAAAAUGAAAGGCGUUAAUGAAACCUGGGUACAGGACUGUGAUAAAUACUUUUUUGUUAUGACCAGUAAAAACGGCAGCCAUGAUGUUUUGAAUGUGAGCAUUCCAGAAGGAAGGACGUACCUAACGGACAAAGUUGUGCAUGCUUUUCAAUAUCUUCAUGACCAUUAUUUAAAUGAUUAUGACUGGUUCGUUAAAGCAGACGAUGACACUUACAUGAUCGUGGAGAAUUUAAAAUUUCUGGUAUCUCAUUAUAAGGGACAAGGGCCAGCAUACAUUGGCAGCCAUCUUAAAAUGUAUGCACCCAAUGGUUACAUGGCGGGUGGAUGUGGCUAUGCGCUCAACAGAGAAGCCCUGAAGAAACUAAUAAAGGGUUAUCAAAAGCCCGGAUUAUGCCGAUUAACAGGCGGUGCCGAGGAUUUAGAGACAGGCCGAUGUUUAGCUAAAAUGGGUGUUCCGAUAUUUAGCAGUGUUGACAAAUAUGAUAAAGAAACGUUUCAAGCCGGAGAUCUUGACGAGUAUAGAAAAGGAAAUUUACCUGGCUGGAUUCAACAGUAUGUUAGGAAUCGUAAACAGGUGGGACAGAUUAGCCAAUAUACCAUCAGCUACCAUAAAUUAUCGCCGGAUUUCAUGAGGCGCCUUCAUUUCGUUAUCCACAAUAUGAAAGUCUUUCAACCAGAGAGAGAUAUCAAGAACUAUUUCAGCAUGAAUCAAGUGCCACCGAUCAAGGACAUUAGAAAAGAGCGACCUUUUUUAUCAUAUUUUUUUGAAACAAAGGAAUCGUAUGUCGAUAUAGAGGCUUGGAGACAAAAGAAUAACACAGUUUUGACGCAUGAUUCACCAAAAAGGACAUAGCGACUGAUGUUGCCUGUUUUUUGUGGAUGUUUUAAUAUUACUGACUGCAGUGUUGCUAAUGAUGGUAUUUAUAUGUAAAAUAGCGGUACCUCUCAAUAUGGUGACAUUUACAUUCCGAACUAAUGCUGAAAGGGGGCAUAAUUUCAAUGUGCUCCGGUGUCGUUGUUGGCAGUGUAAAGGUAUGUUUUCUGGUGAAAGUCACCGAUAGACAAGAAUUCGCUUUGUCAACUAAUACCUUUAGACUGUUCAAAACCUAGCGAUGAAGAUGUAUAUUGAUAAUAUAGUCCGUGAUAUCCCUUAGGUGGAAGCGGGCAGUAAAUAAAGUUCUUUCCAACGACGGACUUUAAUGAACAGAAAUAUUUGGAAGUUCGUAAUGGAAAGAAUUUGCUAAUGAGUUUUGUUGAUUUUGUUUAUUAUCCAUGCCAUGCUGCAUAUUAUCCUGUAUUUUGUCGAUAAUUUUUAAACACUUUCUAGGGUAGCGCUUCACAGUGACUAGACAGACAUGGAGUGAUUAGAACUAAAUUGUUCACAAUAAUAUUAUUAAUAAAAAAAUGUCUGUGACUAUAGAGGAAAACAUCUGUGGAUAUUGGGGUUUUUUUUUCAAACAAUCUAGUCUCUCUCGAACACCGAGACUAUGUGCCACGUUACAUUCGAUAACU